AAAAAGAAAAAAAAAAUCUAAGUUGGAAUGUAGAAACAUCCUCAGAGUUGAAGCAAGUUGGACAAGAAUUUGACGUUCGAUCGUGCUGUGUAAAGCCUACACAUCUUCAAUUCUUCAAAAUUUCGUUGUUGCUGUUGUAUUGAAUUCUUUUCAGGCAGGAAUGGCGUUUUUGGUCAACAUUGGAUCGAUACACCUCAGAGCCAAAACGGUGAGGAGUUCGUAGUUUACAGCUGAAAGGAUCUGAGAUGAGAUGACGUUAUAUACAGCUUUCAAAUCAGCCGCCAAAACCUCCGCCUAUUUGCUGUCCGCCGCCGCCUCCGCCGCCCUAGCCUAUAAUUCCUUCGACGCUGCUAGAACGCUCGAUUUCUCCUCCGCCGUCCUCCAUGGCGCCGCGCGCUCUUCCCGCGCUCUAUUCUCUAUUACUUCGUGCGUGGUUGAUUACAAGUGUUCGUUGUACGGUUUGCCUGCCGGUAGUGAUGAGUUCGGGCUCGCAUUGGCUGAGGUUCAUCUGAGAUCAGCAAAGAAGAUUUUAAAGCUAUGUGAUGCAAACAAAGGUUUCUAUGUCAAAGCUGGUCAGUUUGUUGCUGCCGUGCGCCAAGUUCCCAGAGAGUACUCAUCAAUACUUUCAUCUUUACAAGAUCAGGCAGUUCCUUGUGAUUUUGAAGCCAUCAAAGAAAUUAUAAUCAAGAAUUUGGGGAAGGAUUUGCCAGAGAUAUUCCUUGAAUUUGAUGAGCAACCAGUAGCUGCAGCUUCCAUUGCUCAAGUACACCAUGCAUUAUUGAAAGAUCAUCAAGAAGUUGCAGUCAAGGUCCAAUAUCCAGGACUAGAGUACCAAAUUAAAUUUGAUCUCACAACUAUGGCCUUCCUAUCAAGAUCAGUUUCAUGGUUUUUCCCAGAAUACAGGUUUCAGUGGUUAGUAUCAGAAUUUUCGAAGUCUAUAUCUUCUGAACUUGAUUUCAUUCAGGAGGCUAAAAACUCAGAAAGAGCAGCAAACAAUUUUAAAAAGAACAAGAGCAUCAGGAUCCCACAAGUUUAUUGGGAUUUCACUAGCAGCCAGGUUUUGACUAUGCAGUUUUGUGAAGGGCACAAGGUUGAUGACUUGGAAUUCUUGAACCGCAAUGGAAUAAGUCCACUUGAGGUUGCAAAAAGGCUCGUAGAUGUGUUUGCGGAGAUGAUUUUUGUCCAUGGUUUUUUGCACGGAGAUCCACAUCCCGGAAAUAUCUUAGUUUCACCAGGAGGGCCGAAUGGCUUCACAUUAGUCGUUCUGGAUCAUGGGAUCUAUAAACAGUUAUCUGAAGAUUUCAGAAAGAACUAUUGCCGUCUCUGGGAAGCAUUAAUUAUGCUGGAUUCACAUAAGAUACAGCAGCUCGGCGACACUUUUGGAGUCGGGAAAUAUGCUAGAUACUUUCCUGUUAUAUUUACCGGACGAACCAUCAACAGCAAAUCGGCGCUUGGGAGAGGAAUGUCGCCUGAAGAAAAAAGAUAUCUAAGAGAGGAUCUGAAGUCUCUAAAAAUGGAAGAUGUAUCUUCCUUCAUGGAAUCGCUUCCCCCGGAUUUUCUUAUAGUGUUGCGGACAGAUGGGCUUCUAAGGUCUUUGAUCAGCAAAUUAGGCGCACCUCAGCGUAUUCGACUUCUUAGCUACGCCAAAUAUGCUUUGCGUGGUCUCAAUGCAGAAACGGCCUCUGAAUCAGAUUAUGCGGCACUUGUUUCUGGAUUCAAGACGAGCAUUAAAUAUAUACGACUGAAGUUCCUCUUAAAAGCCAUGGAGUUUAUUGCAUACUUGAAUGACGUGAGACAGGCAUUGACUACGAGGUUAAGACAGUUAAUGCUGUCUGCCGGAGAUCGAAUUCGAGGUAUGGUGCUCGCCAGGUAAGUGAAUUGCCCGUGUUUCCGAUGGGAUGGGCUAUGAUCAGUGAUUCGAUUCGACAAAAAGGUGAGUUUCUUUUGAUACAUUUGCAUGUGAAAGUUUUUUUACUGUAUAAUAUUAUUGCACAGUAUUAUCAUAUUGCAUAUAUCUUUUCAAUUGCAAUAUAAUUUUUAAAAUAUUUAAAAUAUAUUUACUUCAUCCCACAUAUCAUGUUAUA